CUGGCAUCUAUCCUAGGGGUAAUCCACACGGUGCAUGCUUAAUUAUCCAACAAGGAAGUUCAGGACAAUUUAUAUAUGUACAUCAACUUAACGUUAUAAUUCGUCGGCCAAUCAGACUACCGAGUUACUUACGAGGAGAUAAAUUAUCAUUUAAUUCUUCAGUAUGAUAUUACGUUUCAUUUCUUUUCAUCUUUCUCAUAAUUUUGUACUACACCGAUGAGCAAAUUGCUCGAUAAUGUUUUGAAGUUUGUCUAAACAUGGAAGGCUUCGUUGAUGCGAAUGAAUCGUAAUCGUCGUUGAAUACUGCUUCGUCCUUGUCAUAAAAAAAGGAAACGGAGAAAACUGAACUGUUAUACAAAAUUCCGAACAUCUUCGUAGAUCGUUCAAAAAAUAUUUUUUGUCGGAAAUUAAGACACCUACCCUGUCGUGAAAUUGGUGGUUGUUAAUUCGCAAACCUAACCUACAAUACAGUCGCUCAAAGAGAGGAAAAUGCCAUUGAAAAAAGAUUUGCGACUUCUGUUGAAGCCGUACUAUUUUAUAAACAUUUUGCUGAGCUUUUCCUACAUCGUCUCCAAACGCGUUCCAAUUGUGUGUAAUUAUGUGUUCGCACAAGCUGAGUGUGAGCUUGAUGGGAGGGAGACGGAAAUUCUCUUUUUCCUCAUGAUAGUCAUAAUGAUAAGAACAAGGAAAACUGGAAGCGUAACUAUGAUAAGCUACUUAUCAUCCAGCUUUGUGUAUACUAAGGUUGCCAAUCUCAUCCUUUGGUUUUAUGCAGACAUUCGUAUGGGAAUAAUAUUUGCCAUUAUAUUUAUCCUAUGCGGUCUGGUGUUUCCUGAGCCAACAUAUCAAGGACCAGAGAAAGUGACCUAUUUGCGUGGAGCGAAUGGAUUACAGGAGGAAUUGCACCGCGAUACGAGAGUCGUUUGGUUGAUUGCGUUCUACACAGCCUGGAAUCCAGCUUGUGUCAACUUCGCGCCAAUAUUCUCUGAGCUUUCGGCAGAAUACGCUUUAGAGAACUUGAAAUUUGGAAAAGUAGACAUAGGAAGAUAUCCAGAUGCUGCAAUAAAGUAUCACAUUAGUGACGCUAGCACUAGUAAACAGCUGCCCACCUUGAUUUUAUUUAAAGAAGGUAAAGAGAUAGAGAGACGUCCAUACACGGAUCAUAAAGGCAAAUUAGUUAAAUUCCUUUUUUCACUGGAUAAUAUAAAGGCAGCUUUCGAUCUGAACAAUGUUCAUAAAGAUUGUAAAAAGAAUCCGAUCAAGAGGAAAGAGAAGAAAGCAGUGAAAGCAGAGUGAGCUAAUCGGCGUUUCUGAAAAUUUGUUGAAACUGAUGUCAUAGCACUGCCAAUGAUUUCAAAUGAAAAUUACUUCUACUAUGUAGAAUAAUGGACGUUUAGUGUUACGCGCAAAUUUUCAUUUAUAGUGAAACUGCAAAAGAUUUGUAAAUAUUCAUUAUAGUUUCUAUCAUUAUGCGUAUUUUGUGCACCACUGUGUUCCAUUUGUGGAUUGAAUAUUAACUUAAGACGGUAAUUUAUUAAAAGAAAAGUUGUUGUUACAGUCAUUAAAAUUGAAUAACACAUAAAGUGCCACAUGCAUAAAUAUAUAAAUAAAAACCAAAGCGGAGCUUCUAGUUAAGUUGUAUAUAAAUCAUGCAACGUUGCAGUUUCAUUGAAUAAACGGUUGUUGAAAUAUA